UGUGUCUCUGGGUCUUGGCGGGAGGCUGUGGCUGUGCUGACUGAUCGGACGGUACCGCGCGCCCCUUUGGAUGCUCGGGCGGGUUAGUACCCGGCAGCUUGACUCCGCAAGGCGGGUGUGCUUGGGGGCGAGUGGUGGUGAGCAGGGCGGCAGGGUUGGUGGGACCGAUACCCGCCCGUGUGUCGCAGUUCCAUUGAACUCGCCGUGCGUAGACCAUGUUCCUGGGGCGUCUGACCUCUUGGCUGUUUGGGGCGGUCUCCAAGGCAGGCUGUGGCCGGCCUUGGCUUGUUUCAGGCGCAUGGCACAGCCAUGCCUUCAGGCCCCUCUACAGCACACAGCCAGCAGGCCCAAGUGGGGUUCUCCCCCUCCCUGCCAAGGGGGUCCAGCUGGAGCUUGAAGAGCUGCUGGUGCCCAGGAAGAUGUCAAUCACCCCCCUGGAGAGCUGGCUGACUGCUCGCUGCCUCCUGCCCAGACUGAGUGCUGGGGCCCCGCAGCCUGAGGCCUCAGCCCAACUCUAUAGGUGUCCACCCAACCAGGAGAAGGAAGGGUCCGAACAGGGGGAUCAGGAGGUACUGGACACACCCUGGAUGCAGUGCAAGAACGUGUUGAAGAUCCGUCGGCGAAAGAUGAACCACCACAAGUACCGCAAGCUCGUCAAGAGGACUCGGUUUGUGCGGAGGAAGCUUCGGGAAGAACGCCUGAAACGAAAGCAGCUCAAGUUUGAGAAAGACCUGAGGCGCAUAUGGAUGAAGGCAGGCCUGAAGGAAGCCCCUGCAGGCUGGCAAACUCCCAAGAUCUACAUGAAGGGCAAAUGAGCUUACUUCAUUUCUCCACCCAUGCUACUGAAGAGCAUUUGUAAUAAAUAUUUCCAGAACUCG